AUGCAUAAAGAUUUCAUUUAAAUUACUUAAAUAAGAUUUUACUAUUACAAAUUAUUUAAAAAUUAAAUUUCUAAGAUUAAUCGUUUAGAGCCAUGGCUAUAAAUUAAGAAAAUAAUUUUAUAUUAUUAGGCUAUAAAUGUUCUAUAAGAAAGAUUUUCAUUUAAAAAUGGAGUUCUUGAUAAAGCAAAUUUUAUCAUUAACCAUUCAGAUUAUUGGUCUACUUUAAAUAAACUAAAACAAAAAUCAUAUAACAUAUCAGAAUCUAAUGAUGCAAAUAUUGUGAUCGCAUGUAUUAAUAUGAUAGCUAAUCCAUAAUAUAUCAAAAAAUUAAAAGGACACACAGAUCGUAUUAACUGUAUUGUACUUCCUUCUGUUAAUGAAGAAAUAGUUGUAUCAAGUAAUCAAAGAUUGCACAUUAAAAUUGUCUAUAAAUAGAUAAGGUAAUAAAUAAAUUAUUAUCUCUUGGAAUUGAUAAAAUAAUUUUAAUUAUGA